AUGGGCAGCGUCUGGGUCUUCGGGAUCCUCGUGGUGCUGUCGCUUCGGCUGGGCGCCUACAUGUACUUCCAGCGGCGACGAAACGUGCGCGAAAAGCGCAUUUUGGAGAUCGCGGAGGAGGCGCGCGCCUACCAGCGUGACGGCUGGGUGAGGCGUGAGGACUACGAGGACCUCCUCGCCGCCUACAAUACCCUCAAGAAUGACACUUCUCGCGCGGAAUAG